CAGCAGAGCACAUCUUAAACACUCUCUCUCUCUCUCUCUUUCUCCCUCACACACACACACAAAUACACAAAGCACAUCUAGAACUCGCACACGCACGCUCUCUCGCUCCUUCUCUCUCUCUCUCUCUCUCUCUCUCUCCCUCGCAGGCCCUAAGCUUACAGGUUCCGUCAUGAAAGGAGGCAAGGCGAAGGCGGAGACGACCAGAGUCGACGCCAGUUUGAAGAGGAAAGGCGCCGGGACGCAGCGAGCUGGGAAGAAGACGGCGAAGAAGGAGAAGGCUGUGAAGGAUCCUAACAAGCCGAAGAGGCCUGCCAGUGCAUUCUUCAUCUUCAUGGAAGAUUUCAGGGUGCAGUAUAAGCAGAAGCAUCCUAACAACAAGUCCGUUGCUGCGGUUGGUAAAGCUGGUGGAGACAAGUGGAAAUCCAUGUCAGAAGCUGAGAAAGCUCCUUUUGCAGCAAAGGCAGAGAAAAGGAAGGAUGAGUACAACAAGAAGAUGAAUGCUUAUAACAAAAAAUCAGCUGAAGGAACCAAUGGUGCCGAUGAUGAAGAGUCUGACAAGUCAAAAUCUGAAGUCAAUGAUGAGGAUGAUGAGGAUGGAGAUGACAGUGCGGAGGAGGACGAGGAUGACGACUAAGUCACUAUUACCCUCGAGGAGUAUGUGUAAACUGUUACGCCAACAAGCAACAAAAAAUUUCUGUCAUUUUGGACAUGUAGUUGUUUGCCUUGAUGAUAAUUAGGUGAACAGUGAUUGGCUUGAGUAUCUUCUGAAACUUAAAUAGCGAUGUAGUUAGUUGUUUAUGCUGAUUUUAGCUGAAGCUUGUUUCUCUGAUCUCAUAUAUUUAAGCUUCUUUGCACUCA